AACGGAUGAUAGAAUGAUAUCAACAUUAAAGGUAAUUAUAAUUUUGAUCUGAGCAAUACUUUCUUCAAAUCAAAUUUUGUUUCACUUUAGAGUGUCGACACAAAUACUUGAACAUUAAAGUUAAUUGCUGGUUAAUAGUGUGCAAGAACAACCAGCUACUUGUUAUUAGUCGAUUAUUAUAUUAAAUAAGUUUUGGCCACUUUAAUAACGAGGAUGUUACCUCUUGCUUUAGCUGACGUUAUUCAAUCAACCAAAGGUUUAUCAAUCUAUUUCAUUGGCUUUCUCAUCUUUUGUCUUAUUUACAAUAGAUGGAAGAUAAGUUAUUGGUACAGAAAUGGGAUUCCUGGGCCUAAAUCAAUCCCAUUUGUUGGAAAUGCUUUGGAUUUAUUGUUCAAGCCGAGCUUUGAAACUGAGCUAGACUAUGUCAGAAAAUAUGGUAAAAUAGUUGGGAUUUACCAUGGAUGUCAACCUAACCUGAUUAUUGCCGAUCCAGAUUUGAUUAAAUCGAUCACAGUGAAAGAGUUUUCCUGUUUUCCCGAGAGUUUCAGUUUUCCAUAUUUGUCACCCAUUGAGCGUAAAUUUUUGACUGUACUUUAUGGAAACGAAUGGAAACGCGUUCGCUCAUUGUUGUCACAAACCUUUACCACAGGAAAACUCAAGAAAGUGUUUGAAUUGAUUAAAAGCUGCAUGGUCAGUCGUCUUGAUGAUUUAAGGCUGUCACAAGAUAACUUGGAAAGCUCAUUUAUCGAUGUCAAACAUUUCUGGGGACGUUAUAAUUUGGAUGUAACAGCCAAAGCCUUUUUUGGCACUGAUCUUAACGUUUACUCUCAAUCAAAAGCCCAACAAGUGCUUUACAAUUUUGAGCAAACAUUUAAAACUAACCCGAUUUCCAUGAUAAUUAACAUGGUUGCACCUGAAUGGUUUAAUAGAUUAACUCGUCAAAGUGCCUUUAAUACUGAAAAUUUGGAAUAUUUGGAGAAAUUAGCUGAAGCUGUGAUUGAAGCUCGCAAGGAACACAAUCCAAAUCAUAAAUACAAUGAUUUUCUUCAACUGCUCUUAGAGUCUGAGGUGAAUGAAGACACCAAUGAAUCUAAUUGUGAGGGCAAAAGUGUCUCUAAUGACAUUAACAGACAAAGAUUAAGUACCGAUGAAAUCGUUUCAUCAGCAGUUAUUUUUCUGAUUGCUGGCUAUGAAACUACAUCAACUCUGUUAUCUUGGACUUGCUAUGAAUUAACACGAAAUCCUGAUAUUCAAGAGAAACUUUACUCAGAAAUUGAUAGUCUGACUGAUGUUAAUUAUGAAACUAUACCAGUUAUACUUUUACCCCGAGUAGCCCAUUCUGAUUAUCAAUUACCAGGAAAAGGUUCACCCGUUUUACCCAAAGGAUCAAAAGCUUUCAUUUCCAUCUACGCUCUUCACCAUAAUCCUGAAUAUUAUCCAGAACCUUAUGUUUUUCAACCUGAAAGAUUUUUACCGGAAAAUCGAUCUAAAAUUAAACCAUUCACUUUCCUUCCCUUUGGUUCGGGACCUAGACUGUGCAUUGGAAUGAGAUUUGCUUUAAUUAAUGCUAAAUUAGCUUUGGCUCUAUUCCUCAAACAAUACAAAUUAGUUGAUAAUGUACAUACAACAAAAGACAUUGAACACAUCUUUCAAUUCGGUGUCUUGGCUGCUAAAAAUUUAAAGGUUGGAAUUGAAAAAAGGAAUUGAAUAUUUUUUAUAUUUCUUAUGUAAUUUUUUUGUGAUUCAAAAUUUUUAAAUUAUAAUUAUUUAUUUUUUAAA